CUGCUCAGGGGGGCGAAUCGCUUGUUCUCUUCCGCAGGACGACCUUAAGUAACACUUUGAAAGAUUUUACCCAAAGCAAGACAUUUUACUCGUACAGGUCGUGGUGAGUAUUUUGUUUCCAGACAUUUUUUUCAUUUUUUACCUUCCUUUUUUUCUUUUCUUUUUGGAUUUUUGGAUGUUUUUUUUUCCUGUUUUGCGAGUGGACAGAAUGUGCUGGCCGGCUAGCGAGGUGGCUAGCUGAGCUAAGCUAACGCGAAGACGCUCAUCCCCCCCCCUCCACACACACACACACACACACACACACAAAACACGAACGCUGGUUGUGUUUUUUUCCAUAUUUUUAGACAAUACGACGUUUUGGAUGCAUCUUAGCUACAGUUUCACGUUUUUUUGCAAGUGUGAUUAGCUUUGUUUUUGACGGGGAUUGAUUUGUUUUUGGCCCGCUUCCCUCCUCCAUGCUAACUCGUUAGCUACCAGCGUCAGAGGCUUUUGGUUUUGUAGUCACAGCUUCAUCCUGAUCCGCGUUUUAUUGCAGAUUAUCGACGAAUCUAUUAGGAUUUUGCAGGUUUUGUUUUCUGCAAGCGGGAGAACUGGUCUUGUGCUGUGUUUUUUUUUUUUUUUUUUAUAAAAAGAUUCCCCCUAAAGUUAGCCGAGCCAGCCGGCUGUAGGACACUGAGGCUAGCGCAGGGCCUGUGUUUCACACUAACGCCUCAUGGUGGCGCUGUCCGGGUGUGUUGUGGAUGAAAUUAGUAUAUAUCGUGAGGGGCGAAGGUGAAGGUCGAGACACCAGCCCAAACUGAUCCCAGCUCCACAGUGUCAAACAUCAGACAGACGACAGCCCUGCACACAGACGCUAUGGAGCAUUCACCCACCACCUCCAGCCUGAUGGCCGCCAGCAACGUCACCAACAAGACCGACCCACGUUCCCUAAACUCCCGGGUCUUCAUAGGAAACCUCAACACCCUGCUGGUCACCAAGGCCGACGUGGAGGCCAUCUUCUCCAAAUAUGGUAAAAUUGUAGGCUGCUCCGUCCACAAGGGCUUUGCCUUCGUUCAGUUCGCCAACGAGAGGAACGCCAGAGCUGCAGUGAAUGGGGAGGACGGGAGGAUGAUUGUUGGACAAGUUCUUGACAUCAACCUGGCAGGAGAGCCCAAACCACACCGGUCAAAAACCACCAAACGCUCAGCUGGAGACAUGUACAGCAGUUCCUCAUUUGAGCUCGACUACGACUUUCAGAGAGAUUAUUACGAUAGAAUGUACUCGUACCCGUCCCGUGUUCCCGCUCCCCCUCCCCCUUUGUCUCGGGCCGUGAUCCCCUCCAAGCGUCCGCGGGUCAGCCUGAGCGGGGGGAGCAGCAGGCGGACCAAGAGCAGCUUCACCUCUUCCUCCAAGAGCAGUCAGAGGAAUUCUUCAUCCAGAGCAACAGUGAAAGUGGACCAGCUGCAGACCAUCAAGCGGGAGUUGACCCAAAUCAAAAGCAAGGUGGACGACCUGCUGGACAGUCUGGAGCGCAUGGAGAAGGACCACAGCAAGAAGUCGGGUAGGUUUAAGAGCAUUAAAACGGAGCCAGGAGAGGUGACUUCUCCUCCGCACCCAAGCAACAAGAAGGAUGACGGGAUGAAGAGAGACAGGGAGAGCCAGGAGAUGAACGACUCGGACGAGGACGACGACGAGGAAGACGAAGGUGACCUGCUGGAAGAGGAAGAGGUGAAGAGUCAGGAGAGGGAGGACGAAGACGAUGACGAGGAGGAGGAAGGAGAGCAUGUGGAGGGUGACGACGAUGGCGACAGCAUCAACGGCGAGGACGACUCGUAGGAAGGAAGGAAGGAAGGACCACACGAACGCAUGCAGCGUACACACGGCUCAGUGUAGGAAAUUGGACUCCUGUUUUAACACUCAUGUUGUAGAUACAAGAAGCAAACACACACACACAGAAGCAUGGUGCACACACACUCUGUUGUCCCAUUGUCCCUGAAGCAGAUUAUCUCUUCUUUUUGUUUUUCUUUGUAACUUUGGCCAGUUGUCCAGUAUCGCUGUCAGAGGACGGACUGGCUGUAGGUUUGUGUUUUUAUGCGUCAUUACUGGUCUUUCGAGAGAUGGUGGAAACACGGGACUGUUUGCUGUUCUCAGAGACGACAGCUCGACGGACAUGUCUUAACGCGACGACGGACAUUCAGCUGCAAAAAAGACCGUUUUUAGGCUCAGUGUGUUUGUUUUCCUCAUCGGUGUGUUUGACCUUGUGUGUCCGUAUGUUAUUGUCAGUUUUUUAUACUAUUUGGUUUCAGUUUAACUGUAAAGGAAUAAAUUGCAAUAAAAUAUUAAAAUUGA